GUGAGAGCAAACUACCAUCGCAGUGGGGCCGGCGCGAGUGUGUGUGUGCGUGUGUGCCAGAGAGCAAGCGACCGCGGGGGGGUGGGGGGACCAACUGCUUCACACUUUCGACACUGCACUGAAGAGGGAGAGCUAGAGAGAGAGAGACUGGAGACGCACGGAUCCCCCCAAGAUCUCCCAAGGCUACCGUCCCACAGAUUAUAGAACAGAGACCCCAAAAUCGAAACAGAAGAAACAAACAGCGAUUGAACAUGGACGAAGGAAUUCCUCAUUUGCAAGAGAGACAGUUACUGGAACAUAGAGAUUUUAUAGGACUGGACUAUUCUUCUUUGUAUAUGUGUAAACCCAAAAGGAGCAUGAAGCGAGACGACAGCAAGGAUACCUACAAAUUACCGCACAGAUUAAUAGAAAAGAAAAGAAGAGACCGAAUUAAUGAAUGCAUUGCUCAGCUGAAAGAUUUACUGCCUGAACAUCUGAAAUUGACAACACUAGGGCAUCUGGAGAAAGCGGUAGUCUUGGAAUUAACUUUGAAACACUUAAAAGCUUUAACAGCCUUAACCGAGCAACAGCAUCAGAAGAUAAUUGCUUUACAGAAUGGGGAGCGAUCUCUGAAAUCGCCCAUUCAGUCCGACUUGGAUGCGUUCCACUCGGGAUUUCAAACAUGCGCCAAAGAAGUCUUGCAAUACCUCUCCCGGUUUGAGAGCUGGACACCCAGGGAGCCGCGGUGUGUCCAGCUAAUCAACCACUUGCACGCCGUGGCCACCCAGUUUUUGCCCACCCCCCAGUUGUUGACUCAACAGGUCCCUUUGAGCAAAGGCACUGGCGCUCCCUCCGCCCCCGCCCCCACCGGGUCCACGGCCGCCCCCUGCCUGGAGCGCGCAGGGCAGAAGCUCGAGCCCCUCGCCCACUGCGUGCCGGUCAUCCAGCGGACUCAGCCCAGCGCCGAGCUCGCCGCGGAGAACGACACGGACACUGACAGCGGCUACGGCGGAGAGGCCGAGGCCCGGCCAGACCGCGAGAAGAGCAAAGGCGCAGGGGCGAGCCGCGUCACCAUCAAGCAGGAGCCUCCCGGGGAGGACUCGCCGGCGCCCAAGAGGAUGAAGCUGGAUUCCCGUGGCGGCGGCGGCCCGGGGGGCGGCGCGGCGGCGGCGGCGGCCGCACUCCUGGGGCCUGACCCGGCCGCUGCGGCCGCGCUGCUGAGACCCGACGCCGCCCUGCUCAGCUCGCUAGUGGCGUUCGGCGGAGGCGGGGGUGCACCCUUCGCUCAGCCCGCCGCAGCGGCCCCCUUCUGCCUGCCUUUCUACUUCCUCUCGCCUUCCGCGGCCGCCGCCUACGUGCAGCCUUUCCUGGACAAGAGCGGCCUGGAGAAGUAUCUGUACCCCACGGCGGCUGCCGCCCCGUUCCCACUGUUGUACCCCGGCAUCCCCGCCCCAGCUGCCGCCGCCGCUGCUGCUGCAGCGGCCGCCGCGGCCGCCGCCUUCCCCUGUCUGUCCUCGGUGUUGUCGCCCCCUCCCGAGAAGGCGGGCGCGGCUGCUGCCGCGACCCUCUUGUCGCACGAGGUGGCGCCCCCUGGGGCGUUGCAUCCCCCGCAUCCGCACGGCCGCACCCACCUGCCCUUCGCCGGCCCCCGCGAGCCGGGGAACCCGGAGAGCUCUGCUCAGGAAGAUUCCUCACAGCCAGGAAAGGAAGCCCCCUGAGUCCUUGAGCCCUUCCUUAGAAGGGAUGGAGGUUUAAGCGGAAUAAUAAUAAUACAAGUUAAAACACCCUUAAUGUUUUUAAGGGAGGAAGCGUGAUAGAUGCAGGACAGGCUUAAGGGGGGGAAACAGGUGUUUUGUGUACAUUUGGAGUUCCUGUUUUGCUCAAUUCUCACCACCCCAUCCUCCGCACACUAAUAUCCCCUUACCCCCCACAUACACCAGCUGUUAAAGAUCCUCUGCGAUAGCUAUUGGUUCUUUUUUUAGUUCCCUUGAUAAGUUUUGUCUCCUUUUAGGCCAUCUUCCAUUAUCUUUUAAAAUGUGGAACCUAAUUCUAGAGAAAGUUAAGAAGGGUCUUCUCUGUGGGUGACCUCAUUGAACCAGGGAGGGGAGAAGGUGCCAAGUUCCUUGACUGGAGUUGAUAGAGGACAGCAGGUAGUCUUUACAUAGAGCCUUGUUUCAGGGCUGCCCUGCUUGUUUUAGGAUGAGGUCCACAACGCAUUGAGGAUCUUUUUAAGCUCGGCAUUUUGAAAGGCAUAUAUUUUUCAAAGAAGUGAGGAUACAGUUGCCCACACUGCGACCUAUUCUGAAGUGGUUAAAAUGGUAUCUUUUACUAACUUGCACUUGUUUUGAGAGACACAGAGUUGGGCCAUCGUCAGCACCAAGUCAGGGAAGAUGGAUGAAGAAGCCCAGAACCAUUCUUACCAUCUUGUGCUUGCACUUUAUUGAGAAAUUGACCAUGAAUCAGUUGGUUCAUCUUAAUAUUCUCUCUCUCUCUCUCUCUCUCUCUCUCUCUCUCUCUCUCUCAC